ACGAUCCAUCCGCUUCAUGUGACCACAUUGACAAGCAAACAUGGCGGAUGUAGAGCCGACGAAGUCUCUGAGCGGACUGUUGAAUGGAAUAGCUCAAAACGUGUAUUAUAACAACACCGACAUCACAGAGCAGCUGCUGAAAGAUGAGUUGUACCCCGAGCUGUCCCAGGACGAGUUCAAGGCUGUGCAUGAGAAAAUGAAAGGCCUCAUUAAGUCUAUCGCCACAGCAGACAUGGACCAUGCCCAGCUGGAGGCCUUCCUCACAGCCCAGACGAAGAGGCAGGGGAGCGGUGGGGUGAAUGGCGAGCAGGCUACCGCCCUCUCUCGCUUCUGGAAGAGCCAGCGGCUCCGGGUGAGGGAGAGCUUGCUGGCUCAGAGCCGCUGGGAGCCCGGCCUCAGGGGCCUCUCCUGGAGGGUGGACCUCCACACUGCAGACAGCCGGGGGGACGCGGCCCACAGCUGCCCCGUAGCCCUGAUGGAGCUGGAGCUUGGGAGAGCCGGACAGGACUCAGAGUUUAUAUGUCUGGAGUUUGAUGAAACCAAAGUCAACCAGGUGCUGAAGAAGAUGUCUGAUAUCCAGGAGAGCAUUGACAGAAUCGUUCACCGCACCUGAAACUGUGAGAUGCUUCCCCAGACAGAGAAACAGGAAGGUGUGACUCUGACUGAGAGACGACGUAGGACCAGUCCAUCUGUCUCCUCCUGAACACGCCUGUUUCCUCUCGGCAGAGGUGCCACAAUGGAUCCAACGCGGCUUUUUGCACCUACAGACUCGGAGAAGACACACUGUAUAAGAUAUAUGAUCCUCUCAAUGUAAAACUCCGAAUUUAGACGUGUUCACCUAUUAGGGGUCUGACUUGUUGAAUUAUUUACUUUGUUAACCGACCAAAACACCGGGGCGAUCCUUCCUCUAAUGGGAACAUGUUGCCCACUGAUUAUAGCAGCAACAAACUGCAGCACUGCCCUUUGGAGAGAACGGGAAGAUGAGGUCAUUGAAGAAAGGAUUAAUUUGCUAAUAAAGUCGUUUAAACCCAGUUUGAAGCAGGGAUUUAAAAAGAGGAUGAUACAAUGUUCGAUCUAAACUUCAGACAGAAGUGAAUGUUUGAGAUGGAAAGACUUCAAGUCCAUGCAAAGAUGCAAAGAUUCAAAAACAUGGAGAUUCACAGGCGGCACAAACUUCUCAGAGUUUAUUGAGAAAACAAAUUAAAUCAAUGUGAACGUCUUUUAUACGUCCUGAUGACGUCACACCGAACACAUCUAUGCUGAUGUAUGAUCAACACAAGCUGCCAUAACAUGCUAACAUUAGCAUCACAUGUUAAUGUUGGAGCGCUAACAUGCUAGUUUUUUAGCUUGAAUUAAAAAAUGCUAAUUGUAGCUAAUGUUAGCAUAUUGAUUCUGUCCCUCUGAGAAUGCUAACUGAGUAGCUAAUGCUAACAUUAUUAUGAGAAUGUGCUAAAUGUAAGCAUUUCAUUCAAAUAUUUAAUUCAAUACAACUUUAUUCAUCCCUGCAAGUGACACACAGACACCCUUAUAUAUAUAUAUAUAACAAUGUGAGCACAUUAGCAAGGUAGCAUAAGCAUUUAGCUCAAAGUACAGCAGACAAAGUCCAGGUUAGACUGAUAAAAGUCGACAGCUGAAAAGAGUUCAGAGCGUCCUGCUCCUUUUUAAGAAGGUGGUGUCGUCCAUUUAUGAGCCGCCCUGGUGUCAGGUGGCUUCAGGUACAGAUCACACGUGGCUCAUUCAUUCUUAAGAGGAACAAAAGCCUGCAGGACUUCAGCAGCACUGGAGUUUUUAAUCCAUUCAUUAGUUACUCUACUUCCUUUAAAGAGAUAGUUCAGAUGUAUUGAAGUGGGGCUGAGGUUCUUCUCUACAGUCAGUGUAUUACCUGCAGUCGACUAGUUUCUCACAGUUUGGAGAUAUAACUAAAGCCGUUAUAUUCUCUCUACACAGCCACCAGACUCCAUUCAGAAAAACAGUCAUUUUACCUCGCAGAGCACGGGACUUACUUAGUUUGAUUGUGUUCAUUUGUGAAUCUGAAUAAACCUAUAAAACACCAAAGUCACACAAUAAAAAUGACUGUUCUUGUCAAAGGAGUCUGGUGUCUUCAGUUCCCCGUCAGAAAGGCCUGUCUUACGGCAAAGUAAAGGGGUGAACAUAUUCUUAGUAUAGCGUACACUUAAACUUUUUUAAGUAGGCCUAAAAUACGUUUUGCUGCUGCUAUGUGGCUUCACUUUCGUGCAGUAACUUCUGUCUGUUUCUCCAAACGGGGCUUGCUGACCACCAACUUCUGCACACUAUCCCUCUGAACUGUCCCUUUAAAUAAUACUUGUGUUGCAUUAUGAAAAUAACACCAGCAGUUUUUUAUCUUGUUGUUCUGUGGCAGUGAGGAGGCUCCAUUACUCCAGAGGUGGAUGACACUGACUAGAUAUCUAACAUGCAAUAAAGGUCUGAUAUCAGCUUGAUGAA